GGUCACAUGAGAAGCCAUUUCUGAGCAACCAUCCACACGCUGUAUUUCCCCAACACUGCUGUUCCUGACUGUUUAGAUUACGCUAGACUAGGACGGACAGGAAUUACUUGCAUGUUGUUUGGUCACAUUCAGAAAGCAAUUUCCUUUAGGAACGAAGCCAACCGAGAGAAGUGACAGAUUUUGUAAGGAGCACCCAUAGCAGUAUGACAGAUAUGUCGCAUGCACAUCACGGUCACCAUGUGGAAGCAACCAUGUCACCUCCAAUCACAGACCCUCACGGGGACCAUGGUACGCAUCCCGACUCAGGCGAUGGAAAUCAUGAAAUGAUGAUGCAAAUGACCUUCUACUUCGGCUACAAAAAUGUCGAGCUGCUGUUCGCUGGAUUACUUAUCAACACACCAGGAGAGAUGGUAGGUGCCUGCAUUGGCGUUUUCUUGCUGGCUAUGUUCUACGAGGGGCUUAAGAUCAGCCGUGAGAUCCUCUUGAGAAGAAAUCAGGUGAACGUGCGUUACAACUCCAUGCCCAUCCCUGGAUCUGAUGGCACCGUACUCAUGGAGACCCACAAAACAGUCGGCCAGCGAAUGGUAAGUCUUUCACAUGUACUCCAGACGGUUCUGCACAUCAUCCAAGUUGUAGUCAGUUACUUCCUUAUGCUGGUGUUCAUGACCUACAACGGUUACCUGUGCAUCGCCGUGGCAGCGGGCGCAGGUUUCGGCUACUUCCUGUUCAGCUGGAAGAAGGCAGUAGUGGUGGACAUUACAGAACACUGUCAUUAAUCUCUCAACAACCCCACAGAUGAUCACCGACGUAUAAAACCUUUAAGAAAACCCACUAUUCAAGUCAAGAAAUAUCUGCUUAAUUUCUGUUUAUUUUAAAGCUUGGCUCUAUUUUGAUCCACUUAGUUUUAUACUAAAAGGCCAUAUGUCAACCCAGUUGCCCUCGUCUCAGUCACUUCGACUCCAACUUGUUCUACAGUUUGUUUUCAUCCAUGAUGUUAAGAUACGUGUACACAGCCUAACAGUCUACCUCCACGGUCAUAGUACACUAUCUGAAUGAAAGGUCACUUCGGAUCACCCUGUUGAGUGUGUUCACAUCUGCCAUUCACAAGUUCAUGAAGGUGCUUUUGGGCCUUACUGAACCCUUUGCCUUAAAUGAAGGAACACACACACACACACAGACAAGGGCGACUGUAGACUCUAAAAGCCAACCCGAGUCUGGUGAACCCAGAAAAAAAGUGUCAUGAGGUUGUGAAUGGAUUAUUAUUCUUAACCAAGUGUUUCUUUAUAUGAGCAUCACAGCUGCUGGAAAUUAUUAAAAUGUCCAUAAUAAUCAGGGUCCAUUGUGUAGACAUUAAUGCUGAAUUGAAAUCAUUGUCAUAUUUGCACAACAGAUCUUCUGAUCUGUUGUGGGACUCUGAGUUUACAGAGUAAGUUGAACCUUGCUCCCUUUUGGAGUGCUUUUAAGUAAAUAUAGGAGGGUCGGUGAAAAAAUAAAUAAUAUCUAAUGCCAGUGUCACCAGUAAGAUUUCUUUUUAUAAUUUAUAUUUGUAACACGCUACUUACUUUAACGACACAUUGUACUUAUCUGUGUGUUUUUUGGCUGUUUAUGUAAAUUCUUUUUUUUAGUUUUUAAAUGACAUAAUUGUUGUGAUCUAAAGCAAACCAUGAGCUAAUAAAAACACCAUGGUCACUGUUCAGUCAGUU